GUGCAGUGAUGUGGUGAGUAUGAUUGCCUCAGUAUCAGAGAGGCAGAUGACCAUGCACUACUUGCAAAGCUGAAGACUGCCUCAGCUGCACUGCGAAGUGCGUCGUGACAUCUGCUUCUCGCCGCACCCAACACUUGCGCGCUUGCACAGCACAAACAUGCUGUUCAAUCUCCCAGCCCAUCUUUGCCUGCCCUCACUCUCCAUCAGCAAUUUGUCACGAUCGAAAAAUCAUGGAGUCAGAAAGUACCUCGUUGCCACUGCUCGCUCGUGAGGCCAACACUACACCUCCGCCAUCGCCAAUGCCAUCCAUACCUGACCUAAGGACUCUCGAUGCUAAUCAACUGAGCAAAGUCCCUGAAGCUGAGGUCAGAGCCAUAGAAGGCUCCGGACAGACCUACAGCGACAUUUUUCGUCGUCUUCAGAUCCGCCCAGACAAAUACCAAGAGUUCUACAACGGCGUCGUCCGAUUCGAGCGUAACAAGCAUGUCGCCGAACUCAAACGAGGCUCCGAUGCGAGCUUGACGUCCACCAGUCGCAUUCUGCUGCGAGCAUUUGGCUACAUCAUCUGGGCGCCGGACUCACAAUGGCUGAUCGACGACUCCAUCCUCAGUGAGGGAGAAGUCAGACUGACGUAUUCACGAAAAUUAGGACCAGAUCAUCCAGACAACGCCAGAUUCUAUCCAAUCCUCCAUACUCUGUGGGUACGAAUGCGCAACGUCCUAUUUGCUCAGAAGCCAGCACCUCAACCUGGUCGUCGUCGGGGACGACCAGCCCUGGGGCGACCAUCUGCACCACCACCACCAGUUACAGACAUUGAAGAAGAAAUCUAUCAUACCGCAUCGACUUCACAUGCUGCCUUCGAACGCGCACGUGCAGAGGCAUCACGUAAAUUGACCGCGCUGUGGGAUAAAUUGCCAGAGACAGACACCAGCAACCGUCAAUACACCUACGAUGAGACUGACAAAGCAAUCCUCGAACUGAUACUCCGUCUACAUGAAGUCCGCGGCCACAGUGACCCACGCAUUUUCACUAGUCUAUGGGAAGAACGCAUUAUGCGCAUCAACGAACUCGAAGACAUCACACCAACCGACGACAACAACGCACAAGCACAAUCAGCCAGUCCAGCGACCUCCGCCUGGAAUCCAAUGUACCUUUCCAACGAACCAUUCAAUACCCGUGGCGCGCCAAUCCGCUCCGCAGCCUCGACCAUCCCUCCAACCCUGCCCAGCGUCAUGUCAAUCUGGAUCAGCACAUCUCGCCUCCCCUCCAUAUCCCUAUCAGCCUCAGGACUUCCUAACGUGACCCAUACCACCGCCCCACCGCAGCUAGCACACCACUGGUUCGAUGCGCCUGUCGAGAACGCCGAUAUGACCCGUUUCAUCCAGGGUGUCAACUGGCGCAUCGAGCCCAACGCUUCCGACAUUGUUGGCUUCGUCUUCAGUUACGGAUGGAAUGACGUUGUCUGCUUCAUUUCGACAGGUCGCUUCGAGACCCAUGAGCAGACGAAAUACAAUGGGAAUGGUUACACUGAGGGUGUUACCCAGCAAGAAGACAAUGACGUGGAUAUGGAGGGUGUGGUAAUGCAGAAGACAGUGAAGAGCAAGGGUCCCGACGUCGAUUUUCCGACUCAUCAAUGGCAGGUCAUUGGUGCUGGUUGGCGUGAUUUCCAGAAUGACCUGCGGGAUGCGGCACGCAAGGGCGUGAAGGUCUGGAGGAUGAAGGUAUGUGUUGUUGAGAUGCCUACUACAAGAUGAGGCAGGUGGAAAUCAUGUAUUAGACUAUCAAUCGCACGGGAGCUCGAAGUCGAUCGACUCUUCAUGCCCCCAGCGGUAAAUCAGCCGAGUUGAGCAAAUGGCGCUGAACUAGGUAGAUACGAGAGCAGGUUUCAUAUAGAGAGAAACACA